CUUUAAAGUGGGCUUGUUUGUUUUUGGAAAAGGCUCAAUGAGGAAGAAUUCAGUUUGGGGGUAAGGAAGAUGGAGCUGGCUGGAUUUCACGCGGCUGCUGUUGGAAAAAUGCAGGGCUGAAGCCAACUGAACGCGGGGUGUUAACACAAAGUGGUUUUUACUUCAAACACGAUCAGGAAAAUGGCUCUUUUGUUUCACUGGUGGAUUAAAAUGUCAUUAGUUAACCUGUUAGUUUAGUUGUCAGGCUGCUGCAGGUCUUGCAACAUUUCCGUGAGGGAGUUAAACCAUUUGUUUGUUCUGUUGUCUGACCUCACACCGGUUAAAGGUGAAAAAGUCAUCUGGGAAUUGUUUUCACAAAGAAAGAAUCAAAGUGAUGUUCUGUGAGGGAACAUGUUUGGGCAUGUGUCGGCUCUGCCCGGCCUCUGUCCAUAUCCGAUCACUUCGUUUAGAAAAAACGAGAAUGCUUUAAAAGGCCGAGAGAUAAAAACAGAGGGAUAGAAAGAGGGUUAGAGGGGAAUGAGAGAGGCAGGGGAGGGAAUAAUUUCCUGUAGUUAUCUCCUCAUAUAGGCAGUGUUAUCCUCCACUUCCUGUUUUUCUCUUGAGUCCCAAACACAGUCCAGGUAACACGAACACCGUGGAUCUCUUUCCUCGCAGGCACCGGGACAUCGCUCGGCUUCGUCCAGGCCUCAGACCCUGUGAAGGAUGACUGAGGGAGACGUCACUGUGCUGUCCUUCAGAUCCACGUCUCUGGAUCGGUCCAGGCAGGAGCCCCGCACCCUGACCAGGCUCUACUGCCAGAACGGAGGCUAUCACCUGAGGAUUUCACCUGACGGCACCGUGAGUGGUGGGAGGCAGGAAAAUGACACCUAUGACAUCCUCAGGCUGAAGGCUGUGAGUGUGGGAGUGGUGGUCAUCAAGGGGGAGGUGACAGAAAGGUACCUGGCUAUGAACCAAAACGGACACCUCUAUGGAUCUCAAGCAGUGAACGACGAGUGUUACUUCCUGGAGAAGUAUGAAGAAAACCACUACAACACGUAUUGCUCUCAGAAGUACAACUGGUAUGUCGCGCUGAAGAAAAACGGCCGACCCAAAGCGGGACCGGACACACACCAAGGUCAGAAGGCCAUCUUCUUCCUGCCGAGGGCUUCAGGCGACAUGUAAAGCACGACGACACAGGAAACGUGGACACGCUCAACAUGCACAUUCAUAGUGAAAUGUUAUGUGAGGCUGGGGAAGCCUGAGGCAAACACAUAAUACUGUUUCUACAGUUUGUUUCUAUAUAAACAAUCUAUAAAUUAGUGUUUUCCACUCAUUUAUGCAGGAUAUGUAUGAUCUGACUAUUCUGCUUCAUGUAAAGAGUUUAUACAUGGUUAAAUAUGCAUAAUAUUUUCGGACUUAGAGCAAAUACACACCCACUCACAGCAGACAGAACAUGAUUGUGAUAUCAGUGCAUGUCAGUUCUAAUAGAUGAGUGUUUACUUUGAACCCUGGUAUGAAAUACCACUGCUGGGAGACUGCGAUGCACCACUUCUACUAAGUUCCACAGUUGGUUGUGUCUGGUGUAGAUGAAACUUCAAAACAGGAAAAAUAAAGAUAUCCACCAUCUGGCUUGACACGCAAGUAAACAAAGAAUAUGAAAUAAUAAUAGAAUCAUCCAGUAGACUGUAAAGGUCCAUCUUUACAGUCUAUAGAGAAAACACAGGUUGCUGUGACUUUAUACUGGGUUUAAUUACUAUUGUGAAUAUUUAUAUAUAACAUGUUGCUGCUAUUGCUAAGUUUUAAUCUCACUGAAAAUUUGUAUUUGAAGAAUCAUUUAUACAUAUAUAUAUAUAUAUGUAUAUAUAUAUUAAGGUAAUGCAAUCACCUUUACGCAAGACAAUGUUAAUAAAACUAAAUAUGCAUUAUUAUCUGUGAACAAAUAAACUGUUUGAUUGCUCAA